UCCACCUUCGUCCGCCUUGGGCCUCACCACCGAUUGGACAUAUAUAAGUGUCACGGGCCAGGACAACUUUACAAUUGCAUCUGAUCGCAGCUAAUAACGUUCAGCCAUGAAAUACGGAGUGCUCUGUUUGCUCGCCCUGGUGGCGGUCACCUGCGUGUCCGCGCGGCCUGAAGAAGACAAACCAGCAACUAAAUACACGAACAAAUUCGACAACAUCGAUAUCGAUCAAAUUCUGAAAAGUGAUCGUCUGCUGAGCAACUAUUACAAAUGUUUGAUGGACGAGGGAAGGUGCACUCCCGAGGGUACCGAACUGAAACGAGUUCUGCCCGACGCUUUGGCCACCGAGUGCAGCAAGUGCACAGAGAAGCAAAGAGAAGUGACCGAGAAGGUCGUGAAGUUCCUGGUGGAUAACAAGCCGGAGAUGUGGAAGAAACUGUCGAAGAAAUACGAUCCCGACGGCGUGUACAAGAACAAGUACGAGAAGGAAGCUGGCAAGCACGGCAUCAAAGUCUGAUGAUCACCGGAAACGCGACAAGAAUGCUUGGGGAUCUUCGGUCCUUGGCGCGGCCUCGAAUACAAAUAAUUUCCCGGUGUAAAUUAUCGCCUGUAAUCAACGCAUAGUUAAAGUCGAAGUCGCUUGACAAUUAAUGAUCGGUCGUGACGCACACGCGUACAAGCGCGCAUAAGGCGAACAGAAUAGUAUUACGUCUGCGAACAGUGGACAAUGUCCUUCGAAGAAUCAACUCGACAUCGCGUGUCUAUCAAAUAAAGUAUCGCUAAACACAUUGUCUUCGUAA